AUGGCAGAAUCAGCAGUCGAAUCGGUGAAAUUAGCAGCCAACAAUGUUACAAAGAGGCUCGAAAAAGAACUUCGGACACUAAUGAUGUCUGGGAUAUCUGCAUUUCCAGAAGGUGACAACAUGUUCAAGUGGAUUGAAACCAUUGAAGGAGCCAGCGGAACUGUGUAUGAGAAUCUGGCAUACAAGUUGUCACUGAAUUUUCUUGCGACAUACCCUAUCGAGGCAGUCAAGGUGAAGUUUGAGACUCCCUGCUAUCAUCCAAAUGUGGACAGCCAAGGAAAUAUCUGUGUGGACAUUUUGAAGGAGAACUUACUUGGAGAACCAAAUAUUGACAGUCCACUAAAUGCCCAGGCUGCUGAUCUAUGGAACGAUCAAACAUUGUAUAAAAAGGUUCUGUUAGAGAAAUACAACAAAGAGGUGAGAAAAUCUAAUGACUCGACACAGCAGCUUCACAAACUCUCCUGA